GAGACUGUUCAUCUGACUCUCAAACGUGGUACACUACUUCCACUGAACAGUUCCGUCACCAUGUACACGCUGCAGUCCAAAUGGCGCUACCUAAUCAUGUUCUUGGGCGUCCAGUUAGUGGUCAUGGCUCUUCUCUCUAGAGAGGGCUACCAGAAAAGAGUGUCAUAUUUUUUCCGGAUUUUCCGAAAGCCGGAUACUACAACAGGACAAACAGUUGUUGGACACAACCACACGGAUGUUUAUGCCAACCUCUCCCUUUUGGGCUCUGCUCUUAAUAAAGAGGACAUGCCCUACUGCCCCAAGCAGUCUCCUCUGAUUGGUGGACCAAUUCGUGUCACUUUCCCCUCUGGGCUUACGUUUGCUGAGGUGGAGAGAAAGAAUCCACUUGUUGUCCGUGGAGGGCGUUAUAGGCCACCAAACUGUGAGGCUCGCCACCGCACUGCAAUAAUCAUUCCCCACAGAAAUAGGGAGCACCACCUCAAGUUCCUCCUCUACUAUCUGCAUCCCUUCCUACAGCGUCAGCAGCUCAACUAUGGCAUCUAUAUCAUUCACCAGGCUGGUAAUUACACCUUUAACCGAGCAAAGCUGAUGAACGUGGGAUUUCGCGAAGCCAUGAGGGAAGAGGACUGGGACUGUCUCUUCUUUCAUGACGUGGACCUCAUUCCCGAGGACGACCGCAACACCUACAUCUGCGACGCUCACCCCAAACACGCUGCCAUUGCCAUGGACAAAUUUGGCUACAAGUUGCCUUAUAAGAUGUAUUUUGGAGGCGUAUCGGCUCUGACCCCUGUUCAGUACCUCAAAAUGAAUGGUUUCCCAAACAAUUACUGGGGCUGGGGUGGUGAGGACGAUGACAUUGGUGUCCGGGUCUCACUUGGAGGAAUGCUAAUCAGUCGUCCAUCUCUAAAAGUCGGCCGAUAUAAGAUGAUCAAACACAAGCACGACAAAGGCAAUGAAGUGAAUCCCAAAAGGUUUAACAUGUUGGCUAAGACCCGGCAUACGUGGAAAGAAGACGGUAUGAAUACGGUGGAGUAUGAGAUCGUAUCCCGGGAUUACCAGCCUCUUUACACCAACAUCACGGUCAACAUUGGCACCGAGGCAGGCCUGCACCCGACUAAAAAAAAAGCUGCUUCUUAGCUGAAUCCUAGCAUUGUUGUGGAUCCCAGAGGCACAAGUCUUAGCGCCAAUGCCGCAUUGCCUGCAGACUUCACCCACAUGCACAUGGCCAGUGAAUUCAUGGGACAUCAUGCCUUUACUGCACCACAGACCUUCUGUUUUUCUCUGUAAUAGCGGUGCCAUCUAGUGAUCCCAGAUUCUCUGUCCUUUCUCUCUCUCUUUUUCUCCAAAGUUUGACACUCUGAUCCUGUACUCACUGGUUUACUUUAUAAAUCAGGAUGCUGCAGAAACUUCAUCAGCUGGUCCACUCACUGACCGCUUCACAAACUUAGUAGGAAGGAAGUGUUUCCUGACAGACAGACUUUUCAUGUAUCCUCUGUGCCCAUGGGCACCAUUGAAAAACCUCUGUUGCCUUAGAAUCAAGCUGCAUUCUCUCCUUACAUUUCUUUCAUGAUGACUAGAGCGUAGCUUCGGCCGCCCGUGGUUGACGUGUCGCAGUGGGUUAGGCCGACUUUUUAGGAGGAGUAAAAUUAAUUUUUUUGCCACGUGAGGGAAAUAGUGAAGCAGGCCGAUCAACUACAUGAGCAGCAUUGUUUGCUGCACUACUCUGUGAGUCUGGUGCAUUUCCUUUUCAGUAAAUUAGUACUUUUGAUUAUGUACUGUAUUGCUAUCCAGGUGGGUGGAGUGAUAUUUUGUUAUAUAUCUUCCAUUUCGAGUAAUUCAGUCAGAACUGGCCUCUUUGGUAGUAAUAACCACUCUACAUAUCCUGAUGUUCUUUUUUUUUAUUUCUGAAUUGUCAUAAUUGCCUUUGGUUAUCUUAGUAAUAAUAUUGGCUUUUAUAAUCAAUGCGCUGCCUCUCAUUUUCACGAAUUACUCAACACAUUGUAUUUUAUCUGCAUGAUUUUUUUUUUUAAUGAUUGGCUGGUUGUGUGCGGUUUGCUUUGGCUCAGGCAAUAGGCUUGUUGAAUGUAGCUGUAUUUCUCCUUUUGGUCAGAGAAUGUCAUAUCAGUGAAGAGCGCAUCGUGUUGUGUCCAUUUGGAUGGCUUGGUGAAAAGUACAUACUUCCGUACAUAUUUGAUUAUUCAAAGAUAUUUCCUAGAAAUGCUCUUACCUUGUUAUCCGAGCUUUUUAUAAAGACCUUCAGCCUCAUAAAACACAAGCAUAAACUGUUUGUAAAACCAUUUUUAAGUAAAUUGUCCCAUUGAAUAAAGUGAGCUAAGAACAUCUGUAAAAUAAUU